GCGGCUCUUACGGUAAGAAGAGUUUCCGCCAUUUUUGAAAACUGGGAAGAUCCUUGCUGGAGUGGUGGCGGCCGUUGCGAUGGCAGCGUUUGCGGUGGAUCCCCAGGCGCCCACGCUGGGAUCUGAACCGAUGAUGUUGGGUUCACCUACAUCUCCAAAGCCAGGCGCUAAUGCCCAGUUCUUACCUGGAUUUUUAAUGGGGGAUCUACCAGCUCCAGUGACUCCACAACCUCGAUCAAUUAGCGGCCCUUCAGUAGGAGUAAUGGAAAUGAGGUCACCUUUACUUGCAGGGGGCUCACCACCACAGCCAGUUGUACCUGCUCAUAAAGAUAAAAGUGGGGCUCCACCUGUUAGAAGUAUCUAUGACGACAUUUCCAGCCCAGGACUUGGAUCAACACCUCUGCCUUCAAGAAGACAGGCAAACAUUUCCGUGUUGCAGAGUCCUCUUGUUGGAGUUACAACUCCUGUGACUGGGCAAAGCAUGUUUAGUCCAGCAAAUAUUGGUCAACCACGAAAGACGACACUGUCUCCUGCCCAACUGGAUCCUUUUUAUACUCAAGGAGAUUCUCUGACUUCAGAAGAUCACCUAGAUGACACCUGGGUGACUGUGUUUGGGUUUCCACAAGCAUCUGCUUCUUAUAUAUUAUUACAGUUUGCACAAUACGGGAAUAUCUUAAAGCACGUGAUGUCUAACACAGGCAACUGGAUGCAUAUUCGUUACCAGUCUAAACUGCAAGCCCGGAAAGCCUUAAGCAAAGAUGGGAGAAUAUUUGGAGAAUCCAUUAUGAUUGGCGUCAAGCCGUGUAUAGAUAAAAAUGUCAUGGAAAACAGUGACAGAGGAGUCUUGUCAUCUCCAUCUCUAGCCUUUACACCACCGAUUAGGACCUUAGGCACUCCAACACAGCCUGGAAGCACUCCUAGGGUUUCUACCAUGAGGCCUCUUGCCACAGCAUACAAGGCCUCCACUAGUGACUAUCAGGUUAUUUCUGACCGACAAACACCAAAAAAGGAUGAAAGUCUUGUGUCCAGAGCAAUGGAGUACAUGUUCGGUUGGUAGUGCACGAGAGCUGGCCUGAGCGUUAGCAGAGGACUGCCGGUUUCCUUGGGUUAGUUGUAUAACCAUGUGACAUGCUGGCAGGGCGGGGUAGCUAUCUCAGAUACAUCUUUACAGUCCUUUGUUUAAGGAGACAGCCCGUUUGUAGCUUGCACUUUAAAAGAUGGCGGUGAUACACCUGCAGAGAAGCCGUCCAGAUGGCGCUCUGUGCUCUGUGAUACAGUGCAUGCUUAGUGCCGUGUCCUUGGCGUCUACUGCAGUAAUUAAAUGAUUGAGCUUGAAGUGAGUCUCAUUGGCUUUCAUGGGAAGAUGGAUGAAUUCCACAGAGCAACAGCUGCUUUACCAAGACACAGCGAUUAUGAUUAGCAGUUUGAAUUAUGGUCUUAAUUUAGAUAGUAUUUAAUAUCUUUGUAUAUGUCUUGUGGAUUGUCAUCUUUUAUGUUCUUUUUAAAAACCAUCUACCACUAAUGUUUCCUAAUAAACUUUGUCAAUUUUUAUGUGCUGAACAUUUGUUUGGAAGGUCGAUUUAUUGUUGUAGUUUUAAGAGUUUACUGAAAUAAUAGAAAACAUGUUAAUAGCUUAGGCCUAGAAUCAAGAUUUUAUUACCAUUACAUUUUUUUAUAUCUGGUUUCCUUCUUUUUUUGAGUACUUCUCAGAUUUGAGAUAUUUUUCAUCCAAAUAUUUUGAUUAAUAAAAAACAUUUCUAUAGAGUUUUAAGUUUGUUAAUAUGCAAAAUACAGGUCAUGUAAGAAAUUUGUAAUUUUCCCAAAUUGACUAUUUGUUGUUGUGCUUUAUUCAACCGUGAUCUUAAGAGGUUGCCACAGUAUUAGUAGUGUCUCAUGUUUAACUGUUAAAUAGUUAAAUCCGUUAAAUAGUUCUCUGUGUUCCUCACCAUCCAAUACACUUGGCCUUGGUAAAGCAGCUACGUGUGUGAAUUGUGAGUAUUGAGUACAUAGUCUAGUGCUUGUAUUUGGUCAGAUGUAUGUGUGUAUGUAUGUAGUUGUGUAUAUAUAUUUAUGCUUCAACUUAUACCUCAUUUUUUCAUAUCUUAACCAUUAUAUCUAGAGAGAAUCACAUUCUGCUUUCAUGUUUUUUAUAGUAAUAGGCAUACUUUAUAUAAAAAGAAGAGGCAUUUAAUUCUCGUCACACUUUUAAAGGAACUUAUCUUGAUCAUUGGACACAGGUACAGGCCUGAUGCCUUCUUUGGAACCUUCUCUGAAUUCUUUGAUAAAAUGUGGUAAAGCCCGUGUAUUGAUGCUUUCCUAUAUCAGUUGUUUGGAGACAGUAAGACUUUUCCAGCUGUCUCUACUCUGCAUUAUAUUUUGGGAUCAGCCUAUGUAGCAGCCUUUCUGCACUACGCUUUGCUUACAGUGGCAUAUGUUCAUACAGAAAUACCAGUCCUUUCCCUUUUCAUACUCAGAGUAAUGCUUUCCUGCCUUGGCAGGUGCUAGUGACAUUAUCAGUGAUGUCUUAUGAGUGUAAAUAUAAUACAUAUACACAUGUACUCUGUGUAUAUGUAUACUCUGUACCUCUGUAUGCUUGUAAAGCUUUGAAAAAAGUUUCAUUUUA